UUACUAGCCAAAUAUUUUAGAAUACGAAGUAUUAUCCAAUUAUUUUAAUAUUAGAAUACGAAGUAUUGACUUAUUGUUAACUAUUUUUAAAUUUUUUCUUAAUUAAAAUACUAAAAUAAAUUAGUUUUUUAGCCUGCGCUCUGCAACGGUAUGUAACUAUUUAUAUUUGAAACUUCAUCUACUUAUUUAAUAAUUUAAUUGAAAUCAAAUAAUUCACAAAAUCGUUCAAGUUAGAUAUGCCUAUAAGUUUCAAUCCCUUCCCACCCCACUAACCAGCCAACCUACAAAAUCAAAAGAAGCUAGCUUUAGCCAGGAUAGCAGCAGGGCUUUAUGUGUCACUCUAUGAGCAUCCCAGUUGACAGUUUGCGGAACCGACCUAAAAUCUAUACAAUGAGAGAAGGAAUCAAGAAGACAACGACAAUCUCGAAGAAUGAGGCCUCCAAUGGAAUCCUCCACCAUUCUUAGCUUGAGUUGACAGAUGACCCUUAUGCAUCGCCUUCGAUGAUGACACAAGACAAACCCCUAGAUAAUGCAAGAGAAAUUGAGUCCCUAGCCGUAAGAAUUUCUGCAAGAUAAUGAUCUGAGAUACCAUGAUGAUGCACACCCACUGCGAGAAGCACAUGCCCAUCUGAAUCGCGAACAACAAAGUCGAACGAUGAGCCAGUGACUUGGACAACAACGUCAAAGUUGAUCUUCAAAUAGCUUUGGGGUGGACAUUCCUAGAGUAGCCAAGUAGAUGAAUGAGCAAGAGCAAGGGCAGGUGGGCCAAGCAGAAUAGAGAGCACUUCACUGACUUGAAAGGAGUAUUGGCAGGCAAGCGAAUGGACAUGGGGCUGGGUAUUUUCAAAUACCACUUUAUUUCUAGAUUUCCAUAUUCUCCACAAGAGUCACACUACCGGGAGAAUAUGGGUUUGAGACUGCUGCGUAAGAAUAAAUUGACGUCACCUUAAACUAAAAUGAACUCUUGGGGUUGAAUCCAGUAUAUCACUUAAUCCCACAAAAUACCAUAACUGAAUGGCAAGGGGCAACAAAAUAACAAGUGUUCUAUACUUUCUCGAAACCUCCAGCAAACAGGGCAUCGACUCAUACAAUUAACCCCACCGGUUUUGAGCGCCAUUAUUGUAGGAAACACCACUUUGAGACAUUGCUAGAUGAAAAACCUGAGUUUUGGAGGGGUAUCAAUGGCCCACACUUUUUCCAAAUGGGAGAAUCAAUAAUGUGAGUCAAUGAUUUUCUAUUCGGAUUCAAGAUACCUUCUAAAGCCUAGUGAUAUCCUGUCUUAACUGAAUAUUUACCAUUUUUAGUGAAAUGUCAUGUUCUGGUAUCUGGUUAAGCAUUCCGCGGUAGGGCCAUCUUGCAAAUAAGGGCAACUGAUUGAGAGUCGAAAUAAUCUUGCAGGCGCGACACAUGCCAAUCUCCCAUACCCUCCCUAAUAAAAAAAGGGCCUCGUGGAGAUGAACUAAUGUUACCCGGCCUAAUCACCGGAAUUUCUGGUUUCAGAGCUGGGAUCCAAGAAUCAUAGAAGGCGUUUAUGUCAUGGCCAUCUCCGACUUGCCAACGAAGUCCUUGAAGUAACAUAUCUCGACCAUAUAGUAGGCUAUGCCAACCCCAUGAUGGGUUGGACCCUACCCGAGCCUCCAGAAUCUUCUGUGAGCUAAAGUACCGACCUUUAUAGAUUUGGCUUAGAAGGGAGUCUAGAUUAGCCCAAAUACGCCAACAUUGUUUUGCUAGGAGUGCUUGUUUAAAAGGCUGGAAGUUCCUAAACCCCAAUCCACCAUGAAACUUACUUUGAGCUAUUCCCCUCCAUGAAACCCAAUGUAUAGGGUGAUCUGAAUUUCUAUUUUCUAUAGGAACCCCACCAAAACCGGGCCACAUGUCCAUUCAACCGGCGACAGGGUUCUUUAGGAAAUUUAAAACAUGACAUACCGUGCACAGGUAAAUUAGUCACACAUGUCCUUAUGCCUAUAAGUUUUACUAAUGUCUUAAUCAUUACGAAAGAUUUAAGUCAUAUGCUUGCUUAAUUAAUACAUAAGAAAUAACUAUAUCCUUAUAGCUUUUAUGUGUGACCUUAAUCAUCAAAAGGCUUACUUAAUACAUUUGUGUAACUGGUAUAUAAGAAAUAAUUAUUCUUUUAUAAGAUUUAUGUAGUGUAUAAUCAUAACGGAAGACUUACGUAAUAAGUCUUCCUUACACUACAGGAAAAAGACCAUUUAAUCAUGGGAAAUCCCGUGUUUGAAAGUGUGUUUCCCGUGUUUAAUAGUUUUAGUCACCGGAAUAUUACCGUAAUAUAUACCUUCGUGUCUAAUUGUAAAGGUCAAGGGAAAUAUGUACCGUACCUAGUUAUAACUAUUCACGGUAUAAUUUCCCAUGAUAAUUUGUACCUAUUAAUCACAGGGAGCCCCAUGACUAAUACCAUAUAUUUUCACACAAAACCAACAAAAAAAUCAUUUAGAGACGGGUUAUACACCUUUUAACACAGUAUUUACCAUGACGAAUUCAUUUCCCGUGACUAGAUGGUAAUCAUUAGUCACAGUAUUUGAUCGGUUCUCCUAUAUAUAGAGACUAACAAUUGAUCACAGUAUUUGAUUGGUUCUCCCAUAUCGAGAGACUAACAAUUGGUCACAGUAUUUUAUUAUGACAAUCAAUUAGUUAAACUGCCAUUUUUGCUUGUAUAGCAUGAAACUAAAAGAUAAUAAAAAUAUAUUACAAUU